AAUUAAUGUGUUGAUUUUUGUUACUAUUUUAAAGGAUUAGUUGUAACUUGUGACCUCAGCUUGCUUUACUUAUUAUCACAAUCCAAACCAAAACCACUCUCUUCUCAUUUUUUUUCUCUGUUGCAUCCCAAAUGGAAUAAGUUCAGACAUGUCCAUAGCGUUGAACAAAACUAACAGCAGCAAAAUGAGCACACCCUUGUUCCAUGAAUUCAAAAAGCAAGCUUCUUUCUUCUUCAAGGAGAAAAUUAAGACUGCUAGAUUAGCUCUAACAGAUGUCACCCCUGCAGAACUGAUGACAGAAGAGGCAACAAGUGGAAAUCCAUGGGCCCCAGAUGCCAGAACUCUCAGAUCAAUUUCAAGGGAUGCUUUUGAGCUAGACGAUUAUUGGAGGAUUGUGGAGAUUCUGCAUAAAAGGUUUCUUAAAUUUGAAAAGAAGAAUUGGAGGAUCUCUUACAAUUCCCUGAUCGUGCUUGAGCACUUGUUGACUCAUGGACCAGAGAGUGUUGCGGAGGAAUUUAAGAGUGACAAAGAUGUCAUUAGCCAAAUGAAAGGUUUUCAGUAUAUUGAUGACACUGGGUUUAAUUGGGGCCUAACUGUGAGAAAGAAAUCUGAGAGGAUAAUGAAACUGCUGGAAAAAGGGACUCUUCUCAAGGAAGAGAGAAAAAAUGCUAGAAGGUUAUCUAGAGGGAUUGAAGGUUUCGGAAGUUUCUCUCAUCGGUCAACUCCGGCACAAGGUGUUCUACGUGAGAAAUCAUUGCCAACCACACUUAAGAGAUAUGACUCAGACUUAAACAACCAUGAAGAUCAGGAAAACCAUUCCUCUUGUUCAAACAAUGUUGUGAAUGUGGACACAGUGGCUGUCAAAUCUCCUAGCCAUCAAGGUGAAACUUUUAAGUCAUUGGGUAGUGUGGAAGCCAAGGAAUACCAGGAUGAUGAUCUUGGCAACAAUCAAAUGCUUCCGAAAUCUGAAACAAGUUCUAAAGAAAACAUGGAGCCUAGCAAGGAGGAGUUCCAUCUAUGGAACUUGAAUGGGGAGUCCAAAGCACUUUUGGAUUGUGGUGAAGAGGAUUCCAAGCUUGGAAUCAUCAGAACAGAAGAUGAUCACCCCUUCAGUUCAGCAGAAAUGCAUGCCACUGCCUCUUUGCUUUCGGCUUGCUAGAGACGGAAAUACUAGUAUACUACAAGGGUGUUGAAGCAAUUUGAAGAUUUAAAUGAACCCACCAAGUUCAAGUUGUUAGCAAAUAUUGCAUUUUCAAUUCAGAAGAGCAUAGUCUAAAGAACGUCUUAUGGUACAUGUAUUCAUAUUUGAUGGAUAUGGGCAACCAUUAUGUUACUGCUAGAAUUUCCCCUCUAUCACGGUUUGUUACUCAACAAAGAGAAAUUUUGUCAUUUUGGAUUGUAUUUCUGUAUAUUUAAUCUGCGUAGAGAUUCAACCUUCCGUGGCCACUUUAACGGCAAUCACAUGACCUGUUUUUAAGGCGCUCCAAGAAGUGUCUUAAAACGGGGGGGUUUAGACAAUCAUUGAUUACUUUGGGAAAAUGGCAUCUUGUUUAUUAUGUGCUAAAA